GUGCCUGUUUACCGGGUGAGGAGCGAUGUUGAUUUUUUUUCAAUUAAAUUUACCAUAAUGUUGAGGGCGUAAUUACAAAAAAAAUUACCAGAAGAUAUUUUGUAUUUUUUAAGCCAUACAGAUUUGUUGGUAAUAAAAUGGGUGAUAGCUCAGAAGAAAAACCUCCUGCUCCUCCUGUACGCCUUACAAGUACAAGGGAUUCAACUGUGGCUGUUGAUAUGAGACCUUUGCCUAAGGAACCAGAAAGUGAAAAGAAAGUAAAGCUAAAACCUUCCAAAAGUACAAAGAAGGAAAGAAAGGAAAUGGAAAAGCCUAUUAUAUCACCUCCUACAAAUUUUGAGCACACUGUUCAUGUUGGUUUUGAUGCAAUCACUGGAGAGUUCACUGGCAUGCCAGAAUCAUGGGCCAGAUUAUUGCAGAGUUCUAACAUUACCAAAUCAGAGCAGAAGCAAAAUCCACAAGCAGUUUUGGAUGUUCUGAAUUGGUAUGAUGCUAGUACCAAAGAGAAACAGGAGUCCAAAUAUAUGACCAUGAAUAAAACAUUUGCUGACAUAGCAACAAUAUGGCAGCCAAGGGACCCAUCUCCAAGACCUAGCUAUUUAGCCGACAAAUAUGCCAUAAAUGCAGUUGUUUCUCCACUUCCUGUGUCUCCUACAAGGAAACCAGAACCUACUCCACCAACAACACCGGAAGAUGAGGAAGAAGAUGAACCAGAAGCCCCUCCACCUCCAGUAGCAGCUAGACCUGAAAAAACAAAGUCAAUUUAUACAAAACCUAUUGAUGAAGAAGUUAAGAAUGAAGCCUUAGCAUAUGAUAAACGAGAUAUUGCAAAUAAUAACAAUGCUCCAGCAACAAUGACACCUGCUCCCACAACAACAAGUACUGUGAAGACUAGAAAAAAGAAAUUGACUGAAGAUGAAAUUAUGGACAAAAUUAGGAGCAUUGUAUCUGUGGGAGAUCCUAACAGACGUUAUACAAAAAUGGAAAGAAUAGGAGUUGGGGCGUCAGGCACUGUGUAUACUGCCAUUGAAUCUGCAACAGGAAUGGAAGUUGCUAUUAAGCAAAUGAAUUUGCCUCAACAACCCAAAAAGGAGCUCAUAGUGAAUGAAAUUUUAGUUAUGAGAGAGAACAAACAUCCUAAUAUUGUCAAUUACCUUGACAGCUAUAUAGUUGGGGAAGAAUUAUGGGUAAUAAUGGAGUAUUUGCCAGGUGGUUCUUUGACAGAUGUAGUAACAGAAACAUGUAUGGCAGAAGGCCAGAUAGCUGCAGUCUGUAGAGAGGUUCUUCAGGCACUUCAAUUUCUACAUUAUAAUCAAAUUAUACAUAGAGAUAUUAAAAGUGACAAUAUUUUGCUAGGAUUGGAUGGAAGCAUAAAACUUACUGAUUUUGGAUUCUGUGCUCAGAUUUCUCCAGAGCAGAGCAAGAGAACAACUAUGGUAGGAACUCCUUAUUGGAUGGCUCCUGAAAUUGUUACUAGAAAACAGUAUGGACCAAAGGUGGACAUCUGGUCAUUAGGAAUAAUGGCUAUUGAAAUGAUAGAAGGAGACCCUCCCUACAUGCAUGAAAGCCCACUCAGAGCCUUGUAUCUGAUUGCCACUAAUGGCAAGCCCCAGCUUAAGGAGAAAGACAAAAUCUCUCCAAUUUUCCAGGACUUCCUUGACAAGUGCCUAGAGGUGGAUGUAGACAAUCGUAGCACUGCUGAUGAGUUACUCAAACACCCCUUCCUGAAGUUGGCUCAACCCUUAGCAAGUCUUUAUGACCUCAUAAUGGCUGCAAAAGAGGCCGUAAGGUGUAAAUAUAAAUAAAAUAAGUUGCCCAUCACUCAAACUACUGUGCCUCAGGGUUAAAGUACAUUUUUAUAAUAGCCCUUCGUUCGGAAGCAAGCUUCACUCUUAACUAAUUGCCACUCACCUUAGGCAUCAACUAAGGGAAACCCUACAGCUAAAGCUGUGGCUGGUCUGUGGCCAUAACAAAAGACUUUUGUGAUAUAUUUAACAAGAGGAAUCUUCUGGCAGAAUGUGUAAGUCGCAUCAAGACAGCUUGUAAGAUAUAUUUUAAAAAAAGUGUGAAUGGUCUCGAGGCGUGAAUGCCAACCCAGGAUUAUAAUGAAGAAAUGUUUUUUAAUUUGUGUUACUUCCCAUUUAGUUUUAGAGUGUGACAAGAGACUUCCAGUUCUACACAAUCAGACAGUGGUUUAUUGUAGUUUUAUGUAAAUAUAUCAUGUUUUGGACACUCAAAAUCAGCAUAAAAAUCUUGCAAAUAGGAGCUUGAAACAUUCCACGGUCCUCUAAAUACCAAGGGAAUAAAUAGUGUUUGCAAAUGAUUGUUAUCACGUUGUCUUAAGCAUGUUUAAUUUUUUUGUGGUACACUAGUUCAUCUUGGGCUUAGUGUAAAUCAGUUCACAGUGCAAUUUUUUAUUUUUAACACCAUCACAUUUUUGUCAAUGGAUAUCCUUUCAAAGUGAAGGUAGUAGUUACUGGUUCUAAUUUAAUUGUUUAAAUGCAAGAUAGAAGAAAUUUUUAGUAUAUUUCACUGCUUGUUUGAGUGUUGGUUAUGUUAUAAAUUUGAUUCAAAAAUAAAUUGAUAUUUAAUUUGUAUAAGUUCAGUUGGUGUGACUUUUUAUUCUUCUAAUUUUUUUUUCUUAAGUUAUGAUAAUUAAAAAUAAUGCAUGUGAUUGUUUAAAAUUUUUAAAUCCUUUUUACUUAUUGAAAAGAAAGUUUAUUUCAUUCAUUGCAUGAUUUUAUUAAUUCCUUUUUAUUUAUAAAAGUCUUUCCUGCUUUGUAUUAUAUCUAUAAAAACUUUGAUUUCCAUUUUUGAAGAUUUUAUGUACUUAUAAGUACUGACAAGUAUGGCCAGUGUUAACCUUUUUAAAUAAAAAUCAUAAUUUUCUGCACAUGUUCCUUAUUUAUUGUUUAAUUUUUUAAAGCAGUGGAACUAUUGAAAAUUUAGUCUGUGGAUACUGUAUAGUUUAUGUAUAUUGUGAUUACAUAUAAUUUACAAAGAUAUUUAUAUCCUUUUCCAAGUUAUGUCCUCUAAAUUGUAUUGAAAUAAUUACCAGAAUCGUUCACUAAUGAUUUAAACACCUAUUAUUUUAGAUUUAUUCCACACACAUUUUAAAAAGAUUUUCAAAGAUGUUACUUGAUAGAUUGCAUUAUAGAAAGUUUUGAUAAGCACUUUCAUUUGUGUAUUGAAAAAGGAAUUCAUUUUUAGAGAAAAAACCCACCAUGUAAAUUUAAAGGGAAUUAAAAUAACAGAAUCAAGCCCUUCCAUUGAAAAUGAGUUACUAUCAGGUGUUUUAUCUGACUGAUUUUAGCUCAGAAAAUAUUAUUAUUGUAUCACUCAUUUAACUGUCUUGAAUUUAUGAUGAGAAUUUUAUUCCUUCAAG